UCAUAUAAUUGAAAGCUUUCAGUUUAUACAACUCCUUUUUACAUAUUUCCCUCUCACCGCAAUUAAGUUUGUAUUCUUAUUUUCGAAUUAGAUGCUGUAAUGCUUUCGGCGAAUACCGAUUAUUACAGCUGACUAAUAAGCAUGAGUGGCACCCUAAAACAUUUUUACAAUAAAACUGACAGACCUACCGGCCGCGAGUUAAAUUACUCUUGUUUGUAAUUUUAUUGCUUAUCCAUUAUUUGUUGUUAGUUCUAAUUUGCGUUUGUAAUUGAUUAUAAUAUUUCCGUAUAAGUACUUGAGUGAGCGAAUCUGGGUAAAGCUCAAGAGAUAAGCACUGACUAGUGGGCAAAAAGUUUUGUUUGUAAUUUCUGCACGAGUGUCAGUUGACUUAAGUACUGAAAAUUAAUUUUCACCACGCCCACAAUGCGAGAAUAUAAAAUCGUAGUUUUAGGCAGUGGAGGUGUCGGAAAAAGUGCUUUGACAGUGCAGUUCGUACAAGGCAUAUUUGUAGAAAAGUAUGAUCCAACUAUAGAAGAUAGCUAUCGUAAGCAAGUAGAAGUAGAUGGACAACAGUGCAUGCUAGAAAUUUUGGAUACUGCUGGCACAGAACAAUUCACUGCCAUGCGCGAUCUUUAUAUGAAAAAUGGCCAAGGGUUUGUUCUUGUAUAUUCCAUAACAGCUCAAUCCACAUUCAAUGAUUUGCAAGAUUUAAGGGAACAAAUAUUAAGAGUCAAGGACACAGAUGAUGUACCUAUGAUUUUAGUGGGCAACAAAUGUGACUUGGAAGAUGAACGUGUGGUUGGUAAAGAUCAAGGUGCUAACCUAGCAAGGUCGUUUAAUAACUGUGCUUUCUUGGAAUCAUCUGCUAAAGCCAAGAUUAAUGUCAGUGAGAUUUUUUAUGAUCUUGUCCGGCAAAUCAAUAGAAAAAACCCUGAAAAAAAGCCGCAUUUAAAAAAGAAAAAGACAUGUUCAAUUUUGUAAAUAUGUAGUGAUUAACUGGUAGUGAUGCUGUACAGAGGCCCCCUUCAAUUUGUCUUGAAAAAAAAAGUGACUUUGCUACAGAAAAUUGAUCACUGUGGAGCAUGUGUAUUGUGACAGAAUUAUGUUCAAGCAUUAUAACUUAAAUAAUGGGGUCCAGGCUGCAAUAUUACUAUAAUUAAUAUGAAUACCAUGUUCCUUCAACCGCAGCACUUCCACAUUGUUGUGUUCUUUAAGGAUUCUUCAAUCUGAUCUAUUUUCCUUCCCCUUCCUUAAUUUUUUUUAAAAAACAAAUAUUCUCUAUUGAUUAAAGAAACUAAUUGUACAAGAGUGUUGAAUCAGUGUCCCAUUUAACGGUCUUUGUAUAAUUUGGGUUGAAGCGCGGGCCGGAGUGACACUUUGUACAAUGGAGGCGACAAAAAAAGUGUAAUUUUUUCUGUAGGGUUAGUUCCAAAAGUUGUUUCGUAUUUUCAUAUAAAUUUUAAAAAUCACACUUAUUAGAUUGAGCGUUUAUUCGAGGGGGGCAGACCGCAAUCAUCCUCAAAAUAGUAGCGGAGAUUCCAUUUUUAUUAGCUAUAAUGAAUGUAUGUUUAUGUGUUUAGGAAUCUAAAAGAAGGGUAUGACCUACAAUCACUCGCUUGAAUGAAGUUUAUUGGUGAAAUUUUCUUCCUCAGUGAAAAGUCCUUUCCUAAUGUUUUGAAACUUGUUGCCGUUUCCCCCCCUCUGAAUCUUCAUGUCUUUGUGCACAGCGUUUUGUAACUUAUUUUAUUUCAUCUUCUAUCAUUAUAUAUUAAUUAUUUUUGUUUUUGUUUUUUUCAAUCUAGCAUAGUAGUUUUAAAAAUGAAAUAUAUAUGUAUAUUAUGUAAAUUGCAGUGUUAUUUUGGCCAAUGCUUCCAAAAUAAUUAAGAUAAAAAGUUUUUAACCUGUCCUCACAUUGUCAAGCAGAGCUUUUAAACUGACGUAUAACUUUUUUACAUCUGUAUUUCUAAUUGUGUUUAAGGUGCCUAUGCUUGUCAAGUCCAAAAGGAAAAAAAAAAAAAAAAAAUCUUACCAUACAGGAAUUACCUUCAAAGUUGGACAUUAUUAUCCCAAGCAAAGUGACAUUGAUAAAUAUUAAUUUGAAAAAUUUAAGUAAUUGAAUUUUAUUUAAGAAAAUGUUUUCAAUGUUUACCCUUAUUCAGUUGUAUGUAAUGAAUGAAAUUUAUCUUGUUGGAUGUCUUCAUUUUAAAAUAAAUGUGUUAAAUUAACAUUGAAAUUCA